CGCUCUCAUUUCUCCAUCACAGCCACACAAACAAAAUUCCUCACGCCAAAUCUUAGGAAAAAAAAAAAAAGAAAACAACACAAUGCUCUGAAGAAGUCUCUCUCAAUAUCUCCUUCUCAUCUCAUCUUACUUAACCAAUCCUCAACAUGGACACCGUUCUCUCGAGCUCAUCGUCUUUGGUGGUCCGGUCAUCUCUCCCUCCGGUCCGCUCAGUUUCUACCCCAUCUAAACUCUACUCCGCAACAUUCUCUUUCAAUCCUUCAAUCAACGGCCUUGGAAGAAACCGUCUACCGCUUCUACGGUCGGUUAGUUCCUCUACGGUUCCUAAGUUUUCGAUACAGUGCGGUGCCAUUAAGGAAAUAAAAGAGAGCGAGUUCCAAAGCACGGUGCUGGAAUCCAAACGUCCGGUUCUCGUUGAGUUCGUUGCCAGUUGGUGUGGGCCGUGCCGCUUAAUCUCUCCCGCCAUGGAAUCAAUCGCUCAGGAAUAUGGAGACAGAUUAGUUGUUGUAAAAAUAGAUCAUGACGCAAAUCCAAAGCUGAUUGAAGAGUACAAAGUUUAUGGAUUGCCUAGCUUGAUUUUGUUCAAGGAUGGGCAGGAAGUGCCAGAAAGUAGGAGAGAAGGUGCGAUUACAAAGCCCAAGCUUAAAGAGUAUCUCGAUGCUCUAUUGGAGACAAUAUCUGUAGCUUAGCAGAUAUUCUCUCCUGCUUUUAUUUUAACUUUUAUUUUUUUUCAGGUAUCCUUUAUUUUUGUAUCGGGGUUUAUAUAAUACUUGUAUAAUUUUGUGAGCUAUAAAAGAUACCUAGAAAUUUCAUGAGAUACAAUCUGAGUACAGUUCAA